AUGUUACAACUAAUUGUAUGGUUAAUAAUUGUAACGAUGAGUGUUGCUGUAGAGCAGUGUGGAAAAGUUUGUGAACCGCAAUGUGAGUAUCUUCACUGCUUUGGGAAACAAUGUAAGUGCCGUAUGGUUCAUCUCGAAUAUCUUCUCUCUACAAUCGAAAAGAAAAUGAAACGAUUGGAAGCUAUUGAAAGAACAUUAAACAAAGAAGUUGAAAAUGAUAUGAAGGAUAUGUCAAUUUUGGUUGGUAUUAAAGACAGAAAAUUAUUAAUGUGUAAAAUGAGAACAAUUAGAAAGAAUUUGAGAAAAAUUGCAAUGUUAAAAGUUAAGUUAAACGCUCAAAUGAGAAAAGGACUUAAUAUGAUUUCAUAUGAUAAUCAAGCAAGACUAAUCAGAUGUUUAUCACUUGAGCACCGUGUUAUUAUCAGAUAUAGACAUAUUGUGAUUAAAGAAGAGUCUUCAUACAUUCCAACAACAUCUUCUAGUUCGCCAGUACAUAGUUCAAGUGUUCCAGUUCAUAGUUCUAGUCAUCCAGUACGAAGUUCAAGUAUACCAAUAAGAAGUUCAAGCACACCAGUAAAAAGUUCCAGUCAUCCAGUUCACAGUUCAAGCACACCAGUAAAAAGUUCAAGUGUACCAAUACAUAGUUCCAGUCAUCCAGUGCAUAGCUCAAGCACACCAGUUCAAAGUUCUAGUCAUCCAGUGCAUAGUUCUAGUCAUCCAGUGCAUAGUUCUAGUCAUCCAGUUCACAGCUCAAGUGUACCAGUUCACAGCUCAAGUCAUCCAGUACAUAGUUCAAGUGUACCAGUGCAUAGUUCCAGUCAUCCAGUUCACAGUUCAAGUGUACCAGUGCAUAGUUCUAGUCAUCCAGUUCACAGCUCAAGCACACCAGUUCAAAGUUCCAGUCAUCCAGUUCACAGUUCAAGUGUACCAGUGCAUAGUUCAAGCACACCAGUUCAAAGUUCUAGUCAUCCAGUACAUAGUUCUAGUCAUCCAGUUCAAAGUUCCAGUCAUCCAGUUCACAGUUCAAGUGUACCAGUGCAUAGUUCAAGUGUACCAGUGCAUAGUUCAAGUGUACCAGUGCAUAGUUCCAGUCAUCCAGUUCACAGUUCAAGUGUACCAGUGCAUAGUUCUAGUCAUCCAGUUCACAGCUCAAGCACACCAGUUCAAAGUUCUAGUCAUCCAGUUCACAGCUCAAGUGUACCAGUUCAAAGUUCAAGCACACCAGUACAUAGUUCUAGUUCACCUAAACAUGGCUCAAGUUCUGUUCCUAAGUUUGAUUCAUCUGAACCAAAGAAAUGCCCACCUGAAAAGAAAGAUGUUUUUGAAAAGUACAAAGAAAAGUGCAACACCCAAAAGAAAGAUGUUUUUGAAAAGUACAAAGAAAAAUGUGAUACUCAAAAGAAAGAUGUUUUCGCUCAAUACCGUGAAAAAUGUGUUAAAAAGCGUGAUGAAUUUGGUGUGUUGAGAAAUAAAUGUGAUUUACCUAAAAAAGAAGCUCCUGAAAUUAAGAUUUGGAAGAAAGAGCGUUGCCCAAGAAAUUCUGAUGAAUUAGCUAAUGCAUCACCAGAAACCAAGCUACGAUGUAAAAACAUCAAAUUUUAAAAGGUAACUAUGUUGUUCGAUUCCAAA